AUGGGUUCACUGGUCGAGGGAGGCGGCCUCUCCAUCACCUGCGCCAACCAGAACCCAACCCGCACGCAGACGGCGGUGGCGGGUGCGCUCGGCCUCCCCCUCGCCACGGUGGACGUGCGCGUGCGCCGUAUCGGCGGCGCGUACGGCGGCAAGCUCAACGCGCACCUCCCGACGGCCAUCGCCGCGGCCGUCGCCGCCGCCAAGCACGGCCGCCCCGUGCGGCUGCACAACGACCGUUCGGACGACAUGGCGUCGACGGGCGGCCGGCCGCCGAUGGAGGGCUCCUUCCGGCUCGCGGUGGACCAGGGCGGCGUCGUCUCGUCAAUCGAGCUCACCGCGGCGUUCGACUCUGGCGUCGUCGACGGCGGCGCAGGCGACCUGACGAUGGGAGUCUGCUGGGCGGACAACGCGUACCGCGCCGACGACUUCGCGGUGCACGGCUCGUUCUACAACUCCGGCGUCGUAGGCAGCGCCGCGUGCUUCCCCGGGGGGGUGACCAUCCCGCUGCACGAGUUGGCGAUGGAGGCUGCGGCCGAGGCGGUCGGCCUGCCGGCGGACGCGGUGCGCGAGGCCAACCUGUACGCCACGGGGGACGCGGCCCUCUGCGGCGUCACCGUCGGCGAGAACGGCUUCAACUGGAACCUGCCGGCGAUGUGGCAGUCCGCGAAGGCGCGGUGGGAGGUGGAGGCGUUCAACCGCUCCAACCGGUGGCGCAAGCGCGGGCUGAGGAUGGUCCCCGUCAAGUACGGCAUCGAGGACAACGGAGGCGCGUACAAGGAGGGCUGCUCGCUCGGCGUGCUGGCGGACGGGUCCGUCCGGCUGGCCCACGGAGGGUGCGAGCUAGGGCAGGGCAUCCACACUAAGGCGGCGCAGGCGGCCGCCUUCGCCCUCGGCUGCCCGCUCGGCGGCGUGUCUGUGUCGGACACCUCGUCGCUCGCCACGCCCGGCUCGGCCGACACGGGCGGCUCUGCCACCUCGGAGUGCGUCGUCAAGGCGCGCUGCUGGACGCUUGACUAG